GUGUAAACAGGAAGUGUGUACUUGAGUCGUAUCGCUGCAGUAAAUCUCUCUGUUUACCAGCUGUUUAGUAUUUAUUUCAAAGCUAAUGGUGCGGAACGUGUGUUUGAAGAAUAGAUUAGCUUAGGUGAGCUACAAUGCUAACGUGUAGCCUGAAACGGACGUGGUGUAUUAAUCCCUUAACUCUUAAAUUAGCUGGUUCAGUUCUAAAAACGCUAAAAUAACGUUAAAAACCAAUCGUGUUAACGUGUAAAUCGAUAGUAAUUGUCGUCAUAAUAACGUAGCACAGUUGUGUAUCGUAUCUUUGACAUGAGCCGCAGCAGCCGGGUGGUUUCCCAUGGAGACAGGAGACGCCUGAUCAGAUUUAGCUAGCGUUAGCCAGCUAGCUAGCUCCUCGCACGUUUACCAGCAGAGAUUGGGAACAUGGCUGCAAAGCAAAGAGACAAACUAUCCAAAAGUGUAUUCGAGGAUGACGAUCUGCUCGACAGCUUAUUUGAGGACAAAAAACCCUCUGUAAGGGGUAGAGCAGCUCGCGGUGGACCCUUGACUCGCUCCUCUGCCACUGAGAACAUCUUCAGUAUGCUGGCAGAGGAGGUAAAGAAGGAUGUUGGAGACACUGAGGACCUGGAUGAUAUGGACGCUGAACUUUUUGCAUCAAUAAAGAAGCCGAGUUCAGCUCCUGCUCAAACAAAACCGUUUGGUAAUAAGGUGACAAAGAACGACUCCACUGCAUUAGAACACUCAGAUGAACCAGUGAAAAAGCCAAACUCUGCACCUGCUGCAUCGACUCGGGACUACAGGAAGUUCAGCUUCUCUGACUGUGGUGAUGAUGAAGAUCUUGGUCAGAAUCCAUACAAUGAAGAGGAUGAUGACCCCCUGGCCGACCUGCUUGAUGACUUGCUUCCAGAUGAAACCAAGCCUGAAGCCAAAGCCAGCGUGCAGCCGCCCAAACCUGAGCAGUCACUUCAAUCUCCUUCAGCAUCUCCCAACUUUAAGAAUAGAACAUCUAAAGCAGCAAAGACACCAGCUAAUGCCACAUUAGAUGAUGAUAAGGACGACCUGAUGGAUGCACUUGGGUUUGACAGUGAUCAAAACAAUCCCAGGAAGAAAGAGACAUCGCUUUGGCCCAACAAGGAAAGGAGUGAGCCCCCCCAGAGAGCUCGCACUCGACUGGACGAGAUCCUGGAGAGUUUGCCUUCACCUCGUCUUCUGGAGCGACCGGCCACAGGUGAGAGGAAGGAGCAGCCUGUGUCCCGAGAGAGGCAGCUGCAGGAGAAGACCACCGGUGCUGAAGAACAGCGUUUAGAAGAGGAUCUGACAUUUGGGUCCUAUCAGCCCACUUUGGGAUCCGUGCCUGAAGGACGUCAGUCCCGCAGACCUUCAGUCAGAUUUUCCACAGAGGAUGUCAGUGUUUCUACCACAGACAAGAAACCCAAACCCACCACCCCCACCUCAGUUCUUCACCGCAACUCAGCCGACUGGUUAGGCCUCACGACAAAAGACGAUAACACAUUUCUAGAGGAAGCGACUAAGACUUCAACUGAGUCUCCAAAUGCUCCUUCCUCUCCCUUACUGGAGAGAAAGCCCUCUCUGACUGGUGGUCAGGCCACAUCUACUGCAAGAAAGGCAGUGGAGAGCCCAGCCCCAGCAAAACAAACCAAGCCCGAGGGUUCCACAACCCAGAAGAAAGAAGAGGAGGAGGACGACUGGUUAGCAGGAGUUCUGAGCAGGAAGAAGACUGUGACAGCUUCAAACCCAGAGUCAAAAAAGUCCAAGCAGGAAGAUUUUUCUGAUGAGGGAGAAGAAUUUGAUCUGGAGUCAUUCGUUAGUAAACCAGUCACUUCACGGGCUCCCAGGGGCAGAGAGGAUAAUGUUGCAUCUGUCAAAGAAACUAGCCCUGCUGCCCAAACCACCCCUGUCAGAGAGGAGACGGCCGAGCAAGCAGUACCACAACAAAACAAAAUGCCAAACACAUCAACUUCGGUCCAGCAACAGGUGACAUUUUCAGCAGACAAUCUGCAGCAGAUUCUCCAACAACAACAGAUGAUGCAGUCUCAGUUGCUGAGUUUCGGGGGGGUCGUGGAUGCAGGGGUGCAGCAGAGACUCUUAGACAAAGAGCAUCAACCUGGAGGUUAUUCAGCUCUGCAGGUUCGCAUCAUCCAGCUGGAGGGACAGGUGAAGACCCUGCAGCUGGAGCGAGACCAGAGCCAAAUGACGCUAGAGAGUGUCCAGCAACAGCAUAACCAGGAUAGGGAGCUCAUGGAGAACACACACAAGGCUCGGGUGAAGCUCCUCGAGGAAUCGGCUGCCCAGAGGGAGAUGCGAGCACGGCAGGACUAUGAAGACCUAAUGGAACGCCUGGCCACGGUAACACGAUCCGCUGAGCAGGAGCGCUCAGAGCUGCAGGCCCUGUACCAGCGCAAACUGGCCCAGGCCCAGCAGGAGAGAGACCGCGAGCUGGAGAGACUCAGAGACCUCCAGAGGAAAUCUGUCUCUGAAAUGAAGAAAGACCAUGAGGAUCAGGUGCAGAGACUGAAGAGGUUGAAAGAUGAGGAGAUUGAUGCGGUUACAAGUGCAACAUCUCAGACCAGGUCUCUCACAGUGGUGAUCGAGCAGAUGGAGCAGUUCUCCUCUCGGCUGGGAGAGCUUUCAUCUCGGGUGGAGAGCACACAUGAACACACGGCACAUGGCCUGGAGCAGGGGGAACGGCACAGAGACGAGCAGCGUCGAAUUAUGCAGGACCGGUUGGCUCAGCAGCAGAAAGCCAUGGCAGACGAGAGAACUUAUCUGAAGGAAAUCAUUUCCCGGAUGGACACUCAGCUCAAUGAGCAGCAGAGACAGCUCGAGAAGGAACGCUGGAAGGUGACAGGAGAGCAGGCCAAGGUAGAGUCUACACAAAGAGGGCUGGAAGAAGAGCGGCGCUCCCUUACCAUGCAGAUGAACAUGGAGAGAGAGGAGCUGGAAAGAGCCAAGAGCGCAUUACUGGAGGAGCAAAAGUCAGUGAUGCAGCACUGUGCCGAGGAGAGGAGGAAGCUGGCAGCUGAGUGGACCCACUUCCACGCCCAUGAGAAGCAGAGGCACGACAGGGCUGAGCGAGAGGUCGGCAGCCUCUUGGAGAUGAGAGAGGGCUCCAUCCUCGGCUUGGCACAGGAACAAGCCAACCUGAAGCUCCUGACUGCAGACGUGAGACAGAAGGAGAUGGCCGUGGCACAGGAGAGAGAAACUUUGGAAAGACUAAGAGAAGAACUCGACAGAGAGAAAGACAAAAUAAGCAGCACGGGCCUGAGACUCCAAUCACGAGCCCAGGAGGUGGAGGCCUUCAGCAAACUCGCUGCAGAAAGGUAUGAGGAAGGAGAACGAGCGCUGCAGGAGGCUCAACGUGUGGAGGCCGAGCACGGUGCGAGGCUCGGAUAUAUCCAAACCCAAACAGAGCGGCUGAGGAAGCAAGAACAAAGAAUCCUUCAGGAGAGGAUGAGACUAAAUCUGGUUCAGAAGAAGACAGAGAGACAAGAGGAGGAGCCUCACAUCACCUCACUACAGCCGAUUCCACCCGUUUUACCAGAUUCAUUGAUGCCAAACCCAGAUCUAUCGGCAACCCUGAGCACCCCCCCUCUCACUUCAAAUGCCAAUACUCAGCCCAUGAUGCUUCAGGCCAGUCUGGCUCUCUGGAAGUACACAGCAGCUAAGGACCGAGCAUACCUCCAUGAGGAGAACCUCUUUCUGGAGAAUUUGAAGAAGAACAGAUCAUCCAACAACUCAGAUUGGCCGAUGCGUACUGGGCACCUCCAAUAGGAUCAUGGUUACUCAUAAUUUUGUUUGAAUGACCACGACACUUGAAUUUUAUACAUUGUAGUUUUUAUUAAACAUGGUUUUUAAAACACAA